AGGGGGGGCGCGGGCAUCGCCGGUUCCGGUGCUGAUCUGCCCCGGGAGAGGAAGAGGAAAACGCCGCAGCGCGCGUUGAGCUUAGGGCGUCUCGGGAGCACGCGCCUCCCCGCGCCAUGGCGGGCUGGAGGCUGCUGGCCCGCGCGGCCGAGGGGCUGUGGGCCCGGGGCGGCGGCGGGGUCUGCGGGUCGCACUUCAACCUUAUUGUGAGAAGCACCCAUGGGGCCGGUGUGACCUGGUGGCAUGAACAUCUGUCUGAAGAAAAUUACGAGUUUCUUAAAGAGCUGACUGCUCAAGAGUAUGAGGCCCAAACAGCAAGUAAACUGUGUCCCCUGAAAGAUGAGCCGUGGCCCAUACAUCCUUGGGAGCCAGGUUCCUCAAGAGUUGGUCUUAUUGCAGCUAAAUUGGGCAUGAUGCCUUUAUGGACCAAGGAUGGUAAAAAACACGCUGUCACGUUACUUCAGGUACAAGACUGUCAUGUCCUAAAAUAUACUCCAAAGGAAGAGUGUGAGGGGAAUCGAGGAACCCUAAUAGUCGGAGGAAGAAAUGUAUCACAGUUCUCUAAAUCUGAAUCAUUAAUGAAAAUGUACAGAGAAGUUGGUGUGCCGCCAAAACAGAAAUUCUCAACAUUUCGUGUGACUGAUAAUGCUAUAAUUAAACCAGGCACGCCUCUGUACGCUGCUCACUUCCGCCCUGGACAGCAUGUGGAUGUCACGGCCAAAACAAUUGGCAAAGGUUUUCAAGGAGUCAUGAAAAGGUGGGGGUUUAAAGGCCAGCCUGCUAGUCAUGGUCAGACCAAAACCCACCGAAGACCCGGAGCAAUAGCAACUGGUGAUAUUGCCAGGGUUUGGCCUGGGAAAAAAAUGCCUGGUAAAAUGGGCAACAUAUUUCGAACAGAAUUUGGAUUGAAGGUGUGGAGGGUAAACACAAAACACAAUAUAAUCUAUGUGAAUGGCUCUGUGCCCGGGCAUAAGAAUUGCUUAGUAAAGAUCCGGGACUCUGCCCUGCCUGCCUAUAAAGACUUUUCCAAAACUCUCCCGUUCCCUACUUAUUUUCCUGAUAGUGGAGAGGAACUACCAGAAGAUUUAUAUGCUGAUGAUGUUUGUCAGCCCAGUGACCCUUCAGUCGUGUACACUUAACAUCCUUGUACAUUGCGGACUCUCGUUUUCUAUGGAUUGUACAGAACUAGAACAAAGAGCCAGAAACCGCCUCCUUUUUUCACAAUUCCUCUGGGCCCUUUGUGUCAAGUGAAUGACCAGCUCAACCUGGACUUUUAAAUCACGGCAUUAAAUAGAAUUGAUUGAUGGUUGGAUUUUAAGCUGGGUAUUAAUUUGCAUAUUAAAAAAAUCUUUUUAUAAUAA